AUCUAGAUGUCUUCAUAGAAAGCUAAGCUUUUCAAAUAGACCUCUCAGUUAAAAAGGUUCGCGCAACUCUCACUAUGACGUCAGUUGUUAAAAAAAUAUUUUUGUUCUUCAGUUGAACUUCAGGGCUCAUCUGUAAAAGAGACCUUGUUCUCAGUAUGACAGUAUGACAGUAUAAAUAAAAUAUGGCUCUGGCUUGCACACCCAAUCAUGAGAGGAGGGCGGUCGUCUUUUGGUGUUUCACCGUUCCUAUGGAAACAGAAAAGCUUUACCGGAAAAUAGUUGAUAGGGAGUUUAUAACAAGUUAUUUCAACUGGCUAAUACGUAAUCAAAAACUGUUAACUAAACAAGUAAAAGUAGUAUAUAGUAGUAGUAAUAACUUAAAACUAUCGACGAUGCAUCCUAUACCCCUCGAAUCCGGUGAGGUGGAAGAAGAGAGUGGCGGGGACUCCAGGACGACCCUGCAAGCUGGAGAUGCAGAAAUAUUGCUGGACACGAUGUCAACAACUUCCAGUAAUCAUGAGGAGGAGGCCUCCACGGCGAACUGCAGCCCCCUGGCAAACGUUAUCGAAGGAGAACGUUCUGUGUCCUCACAGACAGAAGUUGACAAACUCAUACAAGCCCAACAACAAGAGAAAAAGGAGAAGGACUCAGGUCCAAGAAUGACAAAGACAUUUCUGAAGGACCACUGCAAGCAAAAUAAACUCUACAUGACACCUCGAUUGAAUGACACACUGUAUUUGCACUUCAAAGGCUUCUCCACCAUAGAGAAUCUGGAGGAGUACACAGGGCUGAAGUGUCUCUGGCUGGAGUGCAAUGGGCUGCAGCGCAUCCAGAACCUGCAGGCCCAAACAGACCUACGUUGCCUCUUCCUCCACCAGAACCUCAUACACAAUCUGGAGAACUUAGAACCACUCAGCAAGCUCUGCACCCUCAACGUCUGCAACAACUACAUACGCACCAUCAAAAACAUUGCCUGCCUGCCUGAUCUGGGCACCCUGCAGAUAGCCCAUAAUAAGCUGCAGACAGUGGGAGACGUGGAGCAUCUGAGUCAGUGCCUCUCCCUCAGUGUACUGGACAUGUCCCACAACCUGCUGGAUGACCCAGACAUCCUCACUGUGCUGGAGAGAAUGCCUGAACUGCGCGUGCUGAACCUGAUGGGAAAUGAAGUGAUAAAGAAAAUCCCAUACUACAGGAAGACUAUGAUCAUACGUCUAAAACAGCUCACGUACCUGGAUGACCGACCUGUGUUCCCAAAGGACAGGGCGUGUGCGGAGGCGUGGGGGACAGCGGGUCCGGAGGGGGAGCGCAGGGAGAGGGAAUCGUGGCAAACGCGAGAGAGAAGGAAGAUCCAGGAGAGUCUGGACGCUAUUGCAAACAUCAGAGACCAAGCCAGAGAGAGACUGCGACUCAGAGAGCUGCAAGAGAGAGGGGAGUGUGAGACCACCACAACUCCAGAACUUGAGAGCCCCAGUGAAGAGAACCAGAGCCAGAAUCAGAGCCCGGGCUGGGAGGAGAGGAUCCAGGCGUUUGUGGAGGACAGUCUGGAGGCCCAUGAAGAGUUCCUACAGACACAGAGAGAACAGCCAGAAAAGGAGGAGCUAUGGAAUGAACAGCCACAGAAGGAGCAACAACUAGAAAGAGAGGAUCCGAAGAGAGAUCAGCUAGAGAGAGAGCACCAAGAGGGAGAUCAGCUAGAGAGAGAGCACCAAGAGGGACAUCAGCUAGAGAGAGAGCACCAAGAGGGACAUCAGCUAGAGAGAGCGCACCAAGAGGGACAUCAGCUAGAGAGAGCGCACCAAGAGGGACAUCAGCUAGAGAGAGCGCACCAAGAGGGACAUCAGCUAGAGAGAGAGCACCAAGAGGGAGAUCAGCUAGAGAGAGCGCACCACGAGGGACAUCAGCUAGAGAGAGAGCACCAAGAGGGAGAUCAGCUAGAGAGAGCACCAAGAGGGAGAUCAACUAGAGAGAGAGCACCAAGAGGGAGAUCUGCCAGAUGGAGAGCAAGCAGCAGAGAAAGCUUAAAGGAAGAACUGUUAGAUGUAAACCAGUCAAAGAGAGAACAACUACAAAGAAGGCAGAAGUUAGAGAGAGAGCAGUCAGUAUGUGGCCAGCCACAGUCUCAGACAGCUGGGGUGAUUGUAGAGCACGGUCCUGGACCAAUGGUGACCGAGCUAGAGGAGACAGAGGACCUGGAGACCAUCCACCUGGAGCCACGCCCACCACUUCGUAUUGAUGAUCUCCCUGACCUGGAGGAUGUGGACGUUGAAGAUCCAGACAGCACCUGCAUCUUCUCCUCUCAGAUUGGGACAGUGUGGACCACAAAGACCACACCCACCUCAGAUCCAUGCUCACAUUCACUGUUCAGAGUCUGUGGCAACACGUUAAACAAAUCGCCCACCAAUCACCUAGUAGCAUUGGACCCAGAGGCGGGGGAUGCCCCAGAGCAGGUGAUAUCAGAACCUCAGGGAGAACCCAGACAGAGGCAGAGCCCUGAAGCCAGCAAACCACGUUGUCUCAUUGAGGAGCUGGACUAA